CUGCUGCUGCAGUCCGAGGCGGCCGGCUCCACGCCCGCGCCCGCCGCGCCCACGGCGCUGCCUGCCACGGACGCGCGCGUGCUCUCCGAGGAGCAGCUGCGCGCCGACGCCGAGCGGCGCCUGCCUUCGCUGCCGCUCACCUACUGGCACAAGCAUAAAGACGAUAAAAAUAAGUUCCUUAAGAAAAAAGACUGCGCGCCGUUUCCCUCCAUCUACGAGCUGGAGUUCCACAACACGUACUGGCAGUCGUUCCACUCGAGCCAGGGCGUGUUCCACAUGUACGGCGCAUACCUGGACGCGCGCAACACGUCGCGCAUCGGGCCUGCUGUGCGCCUGCUGGCCGUGCACGACCGCAUCCAGCCGUCGCUAGUGACGCACUGCCAGCUGUGGUUUGAGGAGAUGGACGCGCCCGUCGUAGUACGCGUGCUAGAGUACAAGUACGUAUGGAACAGCAAGUGGGGCAACUACCGCAACCACGUACUGCACCCGUACCUGCUGGCCUGCGUGCUGCCGGCCGAGGUCCGCCACCUGGCACCCGCGUCCGUGUCGCUGGUGGAGAACGCCUGCGACCGCGCCACCAACAACCUGCGAGUGCACUACGACAGGCCCAAGCCGCCCGCCCAGCGCAAGGACUUUGCUGUUUGCGUCAAGGGCUUAGAUUUUUUGCACGAGGACCUUUCCGUGCGACUCGUUGAGUGGAUCGAACUAGUCCGCCUACUCGGAGCCGACAAAAUAUUCUUUUACGAGCUGCAGGUGCAUCCGAACAUCACGAAGGUGUUAGAGCACUACGUGCAGCAGGGGACGGUGACGGUGACGCCCGUGACGCUGCCGGGCGGGCAGCCCAACCUGCCCGGGCUGCAACACAUGUACCUCAAGAAGAAGCUGACGCACAAGCGACAGAUGGAGCUGAUCCCGUACAACGACUGCCUGUACCGGCACAUGUACGAGUAUCGCUGGCUGGCGCUGCUCGACAUCGACGAGGUGAUCGUGCCCCUAGAGGACGGGGACUGGUCGUCGCUGAUGCGGCGCGUGCUGCCGCUGUCCAAGCCGGCCCAAGGCAAGCCGCCGCGCUCGUCGUACCACGCCACCAACAUCUACUUCCUGGACUCGCUGGGCCACGAGCACGGCUGGGAGGAGGGCGUGCCCCACUACAUGCACAUGCUGCAGCAUGUCACGCGCACGCGCAACUUCACCAAGCCCGGCCAGUACAUCAAGGCGUUCCACGAGACGGACCGCGUGCUGAGCCUGCACAACCACUUCCCGCUGGCGUGCCUGGGCGGCGCGUGCAGCUCGUACGCCAUGGAGACGAGACACGCGCGCCUGCAGCACUACCGCGCCGACUGCGUGGCCACGCUCAAGUCGUGCCAGGAGCUCAAGACGGACCCCGUGCGCGACGAGGCGCUGUGGCGCUGGCGCGAGCCGCUCGUGGCGCGCGUCGACGCCGUGCUGCGCGCGCUCUCCUUCCUGCCGCCGCUGCCGCACCGGUGACCGCCGCCCCCCCUCCCCCCGUUAGUCUUAUGUAUUAAAUGCUAGUAUUAAACUUAUUUUUAUAGUUAUUGUA